AUGCAGCAGCCCAUGACGCCGGAGCAGUACGCCGCGGCCCUGCAGCAGCAGUACGCCGCGGCCCUGCAGCAGGCGGCCCUGCAGCAGUACUACCUGCAGCUGUGCUGCUCGCAGCCGGCGCAGUACGCGCAGAGCUUCUCGCAGCAGGCGGCGCCCGCGCAGACGACGGUGGUCCUGCCUGCCGACGCCUUCCCGGGGAGGACGUACCAGGUGCAGGCCGGGGACGGCCGCCUCGUCAGUUUCCAGGUGCCCGCUCCCACGAGUUGCCGCCGAAGGCCUCCCCCCCCCCCUCCCCCCGCUCCUGCCGGCAUGCCCCCAGCGAAGCCGCUCGCACGUGCACAGCCGCGGCGGCUCCGCGCGCGCGGGCGACAGCCAAAGUGA